GAGCAACAAGGGCGCGAUGGGCAACUGUGUCACCACCAUGGUGCACAACAACUACUCCACCACGGACAAGGGCCCUGCGCCCAAAAGCUCCAACCAGGCACCCAGCUCCCUCAACAACGUUGUCAAAGCGACCUCAAACGAGGACGGCGAAAGCAGCAGCUUCGUGAAGUCCCAGAAGAAUUUCUCCAGCAACAACAUCAUGACCCGCAACAACAACAGCAGCCUGCCCCGGAGGCAGGAGGUGACCGAGGAGGAGGCAGAGAGGUUCAUCCAGCAGGUCAACCUGGCCGUGACCAUCCAGCGCUGGUACCGACGCCACUCGCAACGGCACAGGGCGGCAGCGGCGGCUCUGGGGCGCUUGCUGGCUUCCAAAAGGGAGGAAAGGCAGCAGCGGAUGGAGGAAGGGAAUAUCCUGGAUUUGCAUGAGAGGAAGGACGAGGAACGCCGGAAGAUCCGAGAGGAGAAGGCGCGCUUGGCCCGGCGCGCUGCCAUCCAGGAGCUGCACCAGAAAAGGGCCCAAAAGGCUCCGGACGCAAAACGCUUGGCAGAAGAAGAGCUUGUGCUGGUGAAGGAGAGCAGAAGGGUAGCAAAGAAGAAGCCUGCCAAACCUGCUUCUGCAAGGAACGUCAGUCCAGCCAACAGUGUCACCAAAGCCAAUAACGCCGAGGCCAAUUUCCACUCGGUAGCUGCGGAGCCGGAAGAGAGCGGCCUCGCAGACCUCGGCUCCGCGCCCGCGCAGGACCCUGGGGCAGAGGACAAGCUGCAGGAUGUGAGCUCCAGAGAGACGGGCGGCGAGGAUCUGGAGACAGUGGUGACUGCCGUCAGCAGGGCUCAGUCCAAGGUCACGCUGAGUGAGCUGCUGGACACGCUCAGGCUGUUGGAGGAAGAGCCAGAGCUGCUGCCCCCGCCGAAGCUCUUCAGGAAGGACAGACACGCCUGGGUUGAUGGGCAGGAACCCAGCUCCAACUCCCUGACUGCUGAUAACCUGGAGAAGUUUGGGAAGCUGAACCACUCCCCAGGGGUGCCCGAGGACGGGGCGCUGCUCUCGGAGGCCAAGCUCCAAAGCAUCAUCAGUUUCCUGGACGAGAUGGAGAAGUCCGAGCAGGAGAGGCCCAGGUCGUCCGCCUCGGCCACGCAGCGGGAAGGUCUCCUCUUGGAAGAGGAGCUGGCUCACUUGGAGCAGGCAUCUGCUGUUGCCACAGAGGUGACGAGCUCCAUCAUGAGGCUGAAGCUGGAAGUGGAGGAGAAGAAGCGAGCCAUCGGCCUGCUGCAGACCGCCCUGGCUCAGCAGAGGGAACUGACUGUCCGGCAUGUCAAACAGACCGAGAAGGAGCUCAGCCACCAGCUCAAGCUGCAGAGGGAACAGUACGAGGCAGCUAUCCAGAGGCAUCUGGCCUUCAUCGACCAGCUGAUUGAUGAUAAGAAGGUGCUGAACGAGAAGUGUGAGGCUGUGGUAGCUGAGCUGAAACAAGUGGACCAGAAGUAUGGCAAGAAAAUCACCCAGAUGCAGGAGCAGCACGAGCUG